UGAUGAAUAAGUUUAUAAUAAAUUCUCCCAUAGAUUGAUCAACUUGUGAAUUAUAAAAGUCCUAUAUAUAGUAGAUAAUAUUUGCACUGGAACACCCUGAAUAUGGCUGAUGAUGCUGAAAAUAUUUCUCCGGAUGAAGGAGGUGUGCCAUCUAAUCACGACUCCAGUGAUGAUGCCAGAGCAUCUCCUGAGUCUGAGUCAUUGGCAUCAAAACUUGAAAAUAAUGGAGAAGCUGAUGAUGAGGCAACUGAAGAAUUGGUUAUACUGGAUGUUGAUGCUGUGGACUUGGAUUUGAAUCACAGACGUAUUGCAAAAAUAGAAAACUUGGACUCCUUGAAGCUCGUGGAAACAAUUUCUCUUCGAUGGAAUCUCAUCAAGAAAAUUGAGAAUUUGGAGAGUCUGUCCAGCCUACGAGAACUAGAGCUCUAUGAUAAUCAGAUCACAACUAUUGAGAACCUAUCUUCCCUCGUUAACUUAGAAGUGUUGGACAUUUCCUUCAACCGCAUCAGAAAAAUCGAGAAUUUGGAGGGCCUAACAAAACUUAAGAAGCUGUUCCUGUGUGCAAACAAAAUCAGCAAAAUAGAAAACGUAAACCACUUGCAGCAGCUGGAGUUGUUGGAGCUCGGCGACAACAAGAUAAGGACUAUAGAAAAUCUGGACGGACUGGUGGGUCUAAAUUCACUUUUCCUAGGCAAGAAUAAGAUCACUAGGCUGCAGAAUUUGGACUGCCUCCUCAACCUGAAGGUCUUGGGCAUCCAGAGCAACCGUAUUACCAAGAUCGAGGGUUUGGGGCGGCUGGUGUCGCUCGACCAGCUCUACUUGAGCCACAACGGCAUUCAGAUUUUGGAAGGGCUGAACAACAACACAAAACUGAACACUCUUGACCUUGCCUGCAACAGGAUACAUAGGAUCGAGAAUAUCAGCCAUCUUGUGAACCUCGAGGAGUUCUGGUUCAACGGCAAUGCAGUGUCUGACUGGAAGGACAUAGAUGAGCUCAUCCCUGCAAAAGGGCUGCAGACCGUCUACUUGGAAGGCAAUCCCAUUCAGCAAGACCCCAACUACAGACGCAAGCUUAAGCUGGCGCUGCCUUCUCUCGUGCAGAUCGACGCUACGCUCUGCCGCUGAGACUUGCCCCAACGGUCUUCGAUUUCUCGGUCGCUAGUACCCACUACUGUAUUUCGACGUUGACGUUAGAUAGUUACUAAUGACAAGCAAAAAUCAAUGGCAGAUGUUGUACGGAAUACAAAUUAUUCGAUCGUUAUUUUCACCAGAUGCUCACAGCAGGAUGCUACUCUCGCUUAUCUUGAUUCUUGCGAUUUUGUCGCUGUUAAUAGAUCCAAAAAAAAUUCCCGGCAUCAAAGGCAUCCAAUAUAUUUUUUUUUUCGUGGUGCAUUUUCACGUUUCCUUUUAUGUGUAACUCUUAUUUUUAUUUUUUCUCCUUUCGCAUGAUUCAGGUUAACUUUUUACGAACGAUUACGAUUGCACUCACCAUAAACGGUGAACCUUGUGAAGAACUGAUGCAUUCCUACGCGGUGUUUAGUAUUUUGCUCCGACAAGUAUUCUAUUGUUUAUUUUGUUCAAAUUCGUGCUUUGCAAAGUCCCAUUUUAUUAUUUAACCGUUUGUUCUUCCAUCCACCAACGUAUUUUUGCAGUGAGUGGCAAAUGUACGAUCUGAAAACUAAGAAUGAAGGCUGUGAGGCAGUAAAUAGAUUUUUCUCGCAUGGAAUUCGAAUGUCUUAAAAAUAGUUCGAACUUGUAACAUUGGUCGGCACCGUUGUUUGAUUGCACGUUUUGAGGAAGCUAGUCCAUUUACGUUAUACAUUGUUUGAAUUUACUUGACUCCAUUUUGGUGGCUCAGAAGGAUAGUAAUUUUAUUUAUUUAUAAGUUUAGCUUGUUUGUUUUAUAUCAUGAUCUCAUGCGGAUUAUUCUUUCUUAUUCAAAAUUUGGGCCAACAAAGAAGAUUAAACAGAAAAGCCGUCGCUUACUUUGGUCACUCUAAGAUAUCAUACAUACCUAUCACAAUGUUAGACAAUAGAUUGAAGUCUCUGGCUCGAUAGGUCAGCAAUGAUAUGAAUUAGUAGCUAUGUUUCUUAAGCUAGAACAUUCGCUUAUCAUGUGUGCUAAUCUUGGCUCAGUGUGGCGGAUUCCCGUUACUGACGGGCACCCAUAAUCGUUGCAUCUGGCGGAUCGUAGUAGAAAUUACCUGUUAUGAGUCAUACCAGCACACUUGAGCGUUGGCGAUAUUUCGAGCUUCUUUCUAGAACUGCAACAUUUGAUAUUUAUCAUUCAGAAAGUUCUAGAAGGUUCCAGAAUGUUCUAGAAGGUUCCAGAAUGUUCACUUUGAAAUAGUAGGGUAUGAAAACGGCUUUUAGCAUUACACGAUCUACAUUUUAUUUACAAUAAUAAAAUGACGUACAUGACAGCAAGCGAUGCGCGUCCACCCAUCAGCAAGUGAGGCGUUGUGUGCAGCAUAAGGACUCAGAAUUAACUGUUGACGCUCACUAAUUCGAAUAUAAUCAUGUGGUAUUUAUUUUAAUUCAGGAUAACUAACCUAUCUUUUGCUUCUCAGUUAUAAUUGAGAUAUAUGCCGUUUGUAAUGGCCGAAAUAUUCUUCACGUUUUCGAAUAAAAUCAAUGGUACAAACUAA